AUGGCUUAUGUGCCUGGCCACGAAUGGAUGAGAUCAUUUCGACAGUUGAUUCAUGUACAAAUAAGUUACAUAAAAUACAGUGGCCUCUGGAAAAUUGAAUCGAAACACUCGUCGUUUAUGACAAUCGCUUACUUCGCGUACAAACUAUGGAUACUCAUAAUGAUGAACGUAUUCGCCGUCACUAUAUUCGCAGACAUCUACGAGAACAUGGACAACCUAUCGAUCAUUAGCGACGACGGUUGUUUCCUCGCUGGAAUACUCGUCGUGAUUUUUAAGGCUAUGAAUUACCAAAUUCAUCAGAAAAGUAUAAUUAAAUUGCUCGACGACAUAUUGAACUGUGCUGAUGAUCUCUGCAGAUUUUCCAAUACCGAAACGAAUAAAUACAUCAUCAACCGAUACUAUAAAUUUAACAAAGUAGUUUUCUACGGGUUCAGCAUGUUAGGAUGCGUUUUAGGAAUAGCUCUGCUAUUUUUCUCGCCUCUGCAGAACGGUUUGCCCAUCAGAGCAAAGUAUCCUUUUAACACCACUAUAUCUCCUUUCCGAGAGAUUGGUUUGGCUGUCGAAACUUUUGCUGUUUCUGGUGGUUUAUUGAGCAUAGUUGCCAUGGACAAUAUCACUGCAAUGAUGUGCAGCCAGAUCACUGCUCAGUUCGAUAUGUUGAACGUACUUUUUGAGAAGUGUACUAGUCAAGUGGAGAAUAAAAACACCGAUGAAAUUUUCAAGACAGAAACCAAUCGAAUUAACAAGACGCACGACAACACGUUUCUUCGUCGUUACAAGACCUGUCUGCAAUUUCAUCAGAGAUUGAUCUCCAUAACCAAAGAUUACAACAGAAUCUACAGCUCGAGCAUGUUCGUCCAGAUGAUCUCCAGCACUUCGAUUAUUUGCUUAACUGGUUUCCAAGCUGUCGUGAAUGCUGUGGGGAAGAUGCGUCUUCUAGUUCUGGUCCUCGCGGGCUGCUUGAACCUCCUCGAGACUGUUCGUUGUCAAGAGCUUUCGGUCAUCAGACACUCUGAUGGAGACAUUUUCACGUUGGAAGGUUCCUGCACAGAGGCAUGCACGGUGCUCAGCAGCGGUACGGCCAGCCCUUACACUCGUAGUCCUUCGACUGCAGGACUCGUCCCGCCGAACAACACCUGCACUUGCCAGUGCAACUACGGGCUUCCUACCUUCCGGGAGGAUCUUCACAUCUGUGUGAAUGAUAUUCAUGAAUGCAACGUUGCUGGUUUCGUAAGCAACACGGGCCAAGUCGAGAGGGUACCAUAUGUGUUUCUACCUCAACGCGGUCAGAUAAUUUAUCCUCAUGCGGAGAUCCGUUUUGAAGGUGUAACGACUCCAGUGUGCGGUAUUACCGGAGCGCAACAAUUAGGACGAGCAGGAUGGUCCGAGUUGAGGAACCUCUCAGACACGGAGCCACCCUUCAGGCUGUUUCGUGACGAAGGCAGAACAUUUCUACAGUGGAUAGGUGAAUCUGGAUUGAGAGAAGCUGCAGAGGGCAGAGUGGUGACAGCGAAACUGGUCUGCAGAGACGCCUCGCCAAAAUCGAAGCUUCCGAGUGUCUUUACCCCCUGUGUGGCAUUCAGAGUAGCUGGUUCACCGUCAAAGAGCAACGUUCGAGAAGUGAUGUUCUCUUCAACAACUCAACUAUCUCAAGGGCUAUCCACCACGGAGUACACAGCUAUCGGCCUUUCAUCUGUGAUCCUGGCCCUGAUCUACGUAGCCAGCGUGUCUUUGUAUUUACAUAGUAAGAAAGCCAAAAGGAAGAUCGUCGAGGAACCGGAAAUAAGCUUGACUCCUGGUCGAGAGAUCAGUGGACUCGUGAAGAAUAAUCCAUUGUUAGCUGCUUCGAGGCACUUCGAGAGCGACACUAACAGUGGUCUAACGGAGAGCGAUUUUGGAGAUGAUUUGGCACCCAGUGACGGUGAACAAGGCUUCGAAACUAUAACUUCAGCUAUUAUUCAUCCCCAUUGUGUGUACAUGGAACAAUCGGAGAUCUGUUUUGGAUCAGGAACGAUACUAGGCGAGAGAUUACCCGAAGAAGAUGUUCGAGUAGUGGAAACAGCGGAUAAUCCUCAUCAGCAAGAAGUUCCCGUGCUACCUGGUGCUCAGAGAAGGAAACUAUACUUCAAUCCAGCCUAUUUCGACCGACAGUUACUCCUCGCGCCCCCUCCAGCAGCCAUCGAAUUCCUUCUCAAAAUUCGGGAGGUCAUCUCUAUUGCCAAGCACAAGAUGGCGGCGAAGAGAUUCGUACCAACUCUCGUCGGCAUUCCGGAGGAGGAGAACAACUCGGAACACUGCGACUCCACAGGCAAGAACCAUCACCAGUCCGCUUCGAACUCUGUCCAAGGAUCCAUGACAAAGUCACGGAAGUCACAAAGAUGCACCGGGUGCCCAGGUUGCACGGACUCUUUCAGAAACACUCCGUCGCUUCCGGAAACCGAACAGCAAAGUCCUGGUGAGAGUAAGGUGAGAGCUUGGCUGGAAGACGUCAGAUCUGCACCUCAACGACGCUGGAAAGACGCUGAGGAGGCUCGAAGGACCCUUCAAGAGAACACAAGGACCUUCAACAAGAAUCUGGAAUACUUGAAAGAAUUAGCUAAGCGAGAUUUUGACAAGGAGAUGAAGGGUUUGGCUGGAAGAACGCUUGCUUCGUGGAAAGACAAUCCUCCUAUGUUGAAGACGUUCCAGAACAUGGCUAGAAGCGAGAUCCUUGAGACAGACGAUAGGCAUAGUAUAUCGAAACGUUCGACAAAGUCCAUGUUUGAGGAGACGAAUUAUUAUUCUCUGAGAAAUGCAGACUCUGCGGCUAGGUCUAACGGCGACGAAGUGAUCAACGCUAAAGUAAGGAAAGCUAUUGAAAAUUCGUUUAUCAAACAGAUGGAAGAGAAUGCUACGAUAGAGACAGAAGUAGUGGAGAAAAUAGAUGAAACACUGGAAGACGAAGAAGUGCCUGAAGAAGAGGACAGCAAGGAAGAAGAGAAGGCAGAGGUAGAUGGGAAUUCGUUCACGCGAAAGAAGGCGAAUAUGUUAAGUGGAAAUUCGGCAACGACGGAGAAAGAGUUGCCGGAUAUGAUCAAUGAGCUUCCCAACUCAAAGAAUACGGCAAAACGUAUCAUGGAUGCUGUGAUUCGCGAGAUGGUCGACGCAAAAGUGUUGGAACAUCAUUCCAGGUCAGGAAACGUUACAGAUUACGAGGUGGACAGUUUGGAGCGUUCUAAGAAUAGCAGGAAAUCUUCCACCUCGCCAGAAUCUACCGAUCAAUCUAGUCCAGCUUUGUCUACAGCACUGCCCAUGGACGAAGAAUUGACUAUGCAGAACGCAGUGAUCAAUACUAGAACCAGAGAGAUGAUCAUGUCGAAUAAAUUGAACAAAGACGUUAUAGAGAGGAACUACUACAACAGUCUACCCGAGUUAAUUUCUUCGCAAAGGUCUGAGAGUUAUUCGUUAGUUAGCGAGGUCUAUGUGAACGAUGGCUACGAUAGUCCAGCCUGUAGCGACGACUCUGGCCCGGAGAUUCAAUACGAGCCAGAAAAUCCAGGACAUUUGACCAUCAAAGUUCAAGAUUCUCCGGAGAACUAUGUGAAACAAGAUGAGUCUGAAUACGAACCCGACACGCUAGAUAGGAAACCGAUGAAAUUGAAAAUCAACGACGACGUGAAUUACGAAAAAGAAAUUCCUGACGAGGUCUACGUUGAUUCUCUCGAGAGGCCGGUUCAAAUUCUCCUCAAGAGUAAGGGUAGCUUUCGAGAUCAAGACUCUGCAAAGAACGGUUCUUGCUUGCAGCGUGGUUACGGCAGCCUUCGAGAAAUUUACGAAGCCAGACUGAAAUCGAACUCCAGAGAUUUAUUCAACAGCACCAAGUCGUUAAACGGCCAUUCGGAUGAUUCCACGUCCUGGAAGAAGUGCAAGUAUCUAACACCGGAGAUGAGGCAAUUGAAGAGGCAACGACAACCGAGUAACCAACCAGACGUGGUGCCACUACCACCUACAGAGGACAUAUAUCAGCACCCAAAGCCUCCUCGGCGAGUAAAGGAUCUGAAGUUAUCGUCGAACUGCUCUUUGUCAAAAAACGGCUGGGACAGGAGUCCUGCCGAAGCGGGUGACCCUACGACCAGCAACGGUGCUCCUGUCCCCAGCAACCACUCAAACGUAGGGACCUCUGAUUGUACUUGCAAGCCUCAGUUGCAAGCUGAACGGUUGAUAACAAAAUGUAGACAUCAGUUAGAAAGUCAAAUGAAAAGUAACUCCUCGAGAGGGAAAUUGAAGAGCAAUCUUUCCGCGUCCUGGGGCAAUUCUCGUAAUCAGAAGGAGAAAAGGAAAUCUCUGGAUCAGUGUCAUAGGCAGGACUGUGAGAGAAGGCACAGCGAAUCUGAGAUUUGCAAGAAACACUUGAUGAUGAGAGCUAGCAGAAGCUACGAAUCCACGAGUAAUUCAGGAAACCAUUUCGCCGGUUACCAACUGCCACGAAUGAAGGUGGAAGACAGUGGUUACUUAAGUAGUACAGAUAGCAACGGUUCUCAUAAGCAAUUAUUGAAACACGAGGUGAGCAGCGUGUCGGAGACAGAUGAGACUGAGUCUGUCUGUGACGGGGCCAGUGAAAGUGGCGCUGAAAGUGUUGGAACGGACAGCGUGUUCUUUGGUAACUUUCGUAAACUCUCGGAGAUGUCUGGCUUCUCGAAGAGUAUAGAUUCGGGUGUUGAAAUUGUGGUAAAGAAUACAUAUCUUCAGCCAUUUUGUAGUAGGAGUGAGAAUGGGAUCUUAGACAGGGCGAAUUUCAGCACGAGCGACAGCGAGACUGAAAGUUUCAUCACGGUUCUUCCACCUUGCGGAAGUAGGGAAGCAAUUUGA